GCUUCUUAUAGCUAGUGUUCCAGUCGCAGCCCCUUUAGUAGCGAUCAGAACUUAAAACAGUGCGGAAUACUCAAUAGUGAAGCAGAUUUGAAACCAAUAAUAAAAUAAUUUUCAUCAUGAAUGCCAAAGGCUGGGACUGGAUGCCUUUGCUGUUGCUUCUCGUGGCAACUACUGUGGCAAUGCAAAGCGAGUUGUGGGCUGCCACAUGUGACAACGAGGAACGCUACGAGAACCAGAUGAUGUGCGUGGACAAACCGUUUGGUGCCCAGGUGCCCUAUCCCGAUAAUUGCAGUCUAUUCCUCGUCUGCAAUUGUCUUUAUCCCACGGUCAAACUUUGCCCCGCUACACUGUGGUGGGACAACGACACACAAGUCUGUAACUAUCCUCAGGAUACGAAGUGCAUUUACUACAGCUUUACGACACCUGUGCCAACUACAUUACCGACUUCGAGCAGUCCUGCAGAUAAUACAACUUUUCUACCGAUCACUACAUCUUCUGUGUGGACUACAACUGAAGAGAAUUGGCCAACUUCUAGCUGGGAUCCACCACCAGCACCGCCUGGCAUUGACGAUUCAUUCUGCCGCGAUUACCCAGACGGUUCGGUGCAUCGAUAUGACUACGAUUGCAAUGCCUAUAUUAAUUGCACUCAUGGCUGGCCCGUGCUCAACUACUGUGAUUACGAUAAGGUCUUUAAUGCGGUGCUGAAAAUUUGCGAUACGCCAGAUACCGCGGAAUGUGAACCGCUGCCGUUGCCUACGUCAACCACUGUAGAGUCCCCAACAACAACAGACGAACCAUCAACAACUACGGUUGAGCCCUCGACAACAACUGUAGAACCCACAACAACUACAGAUGAAUCCACAACAACUACAGAUGAACCAAAAACAACCACAGUUGAACCAACAACAACUACAGAUGAACCAACAACAACCACUGAAGACGAUGGCACGUGUGGUCCACCUCCUGUGGGCAUAGACGAGGAUUACUGUUGGUAUUUGGGCAAUGGGUUCUACGAGUAUCCCUAUGACUGCAGCGCCUACAUCAGCUGUCGCAAUGGCUGCACUAAUUUAGCCUACUGCAAACCCGACAAGCUCUUCAACCCAAUGCUAUUCAUCUGCGACACACCUGACUCGGUGGUGUGUAACCCUGAGCCCUAUCCAACAACCGUCGGAACAACGGAGACACCGCCAACAGAACUGCCAAAUGAUAGCACCACCAGCACACCUGAAUCCACCACAACCAUCACAACAACAACAACCACGCCGCUGCCACCUUAUGUGGAUCCCCAAAUCUGCGACGGUUUGCCCGACUACAGUCGCCUGCCCAUUGCCAGCAACUGCUCGCAGUAUGUGCAGUGCAAGGACAAUGAAGCGAUACUCGGUGAGUGUAGCAAUGGCAUGCUCUUCAAUCCCGAUUUCCUCAUCUGCGACAAUGCCGACGAUGUGCUUUGCUAUGGUGAUCGCACCACAACCUCACCAACUACGACCACACCUGAGCCAACAACUACACCAACCACAACCACCAGCACCACUGUGACUACGCCUGCCACUACAACCACUGCAGGACCUGCGCAACUCUGCGAUGGUCAGGAGGUGGGUACUUCGUUUCCCUAUGAGGAGGAUUGCACCCAGUAUAUACUGUGUCUGGGCGAUGACAAGUACUACAUAGCACCUUGUGCUGGUGGAUAUUAUGAUCCCAAAACGGGUAACUGUGGUCCCAACGUGUCCCCCACAGCCUGCAAGGAGAAGGAGACCACCACAACGCCAGCAACAACAACAUCAACUACAACGACUACCACUCAGGCGCCAACAACGACGACAACAGAAGCUGUCACGCCUACGACAAGCAGCAGCCCAAAACCCGUGGAACCAACUGGCAUCUGUGCGGGUCGCAAUGAUGGUGAAAUGAUUGCCUAUCCCAACGAUUGUAGCAAAUACAUUGUCUGCGUGUCACCCAUACCCGUUGCCUUCUACUGCAUCGAGGGCUUCUACUUUAGCCUGGAGCGACAACAAUGCGUCCGAUGGGAGGACAGUGAUUGCGACCAGGACAUCAGCACCACCACCACCGCCACACCGGGCAACACUACACCGCCUCCCGAGCCUACCAUCUGUACGAACAGCACGCGCGAUACAUUCCCCUAUCCGGAGAACUGUCAGUGGUUCAUUCGUUGUGUCGACGAUUACAUCUACAUGAUGGAUGUCUGUAACUGUGGCGAAUACUACGAUCCGAUAGUGGGCGCCUGCGGUCCGGAUGUUCCGCACGAUGCUUGUCGCUGGGACUACACAUCAACCACCCCCGAGUCUACCACUCCUGAAAGCACGACCGCUGUUACACGUCCACCACCCCAAAAGGGUCCAUGUGACGAUGCUGCUGACGGAGAACUUGUUCCCUAUCCCAAUGAUUGCUCGAAGUAUAUCAAAUGUGAUCGGCCCAUUGCCUCGGCCUUUGACUGUGACGAGGGCGAAGAGUUUAGCGCCGAGGAACGCAAAUGCAUGGACGCCUCGCUGGCCAACUGCACGCCUGGUUCAACGGGAACUACGCCAACUUCAAGCACAACUCAGGAGACAUCUACCACUCAGGAGACGUCUUCAACUCCGGAGACAUCUACUACUCAGGAGACUUCUACAACCCAGGAGACUUCCACAACCCAGGAGACUUCCACAACCCAGGAAACUUCUACUACCGAGGAGACUUCCACAACACAGGAGACUUCUACUACCGAAGAGACUUCCACAACCCAGGAGACUUCUACUACGGACGAAACUUCCACAACCCAAGAGACUUCUACUACGGACGAAACUUCUACAACCGAAAUCACCACAACAACUGAAGUUACACCCACGACACCGUCACCUAGCGGUAUUUGUGGUGGCAAGCCACUUGGUUCACUCGUCCCCUAUCCUAACAAUUGUGGCAAAUAUAUUAUUUGUGAAGAACCCAUACCCAUUGGCUACGAUUGUCCAGAGGGAUUAGAAUUUAGUCCGGAGGAAUUGGAAUGCAUGUCUCCCGAUCUAGCCAACUGUACUCCCGAAAUCGACGCCAGUACCAACGACACCUGUGCCCUCAACCACACCAUUUACCACGACUACAGAAACCCCUUGCAACACAUCGCCUGAUACAACCGCUUCUACAUCAACUUCGGGAGUCUACUACUGUAGAUGAUUCAACUACAACUGAAGAAAGUACCUCAACUGUCACAACUACACCAUUCACCACGACUACAGAAACACCUUGCAACACAUCGCCUGAUACAACCGCUUCUACACCAACUACGACAACUGAAUCCACGACA